AUGAUGCUCCAGAUCCUAGAACGAACGAAAAGUGCAUACAUUGAGUUGAGUGAGUGAAUAGGGACACAGACUAGUCUAGAGUGCACUUGACUUGAGAAGAGGAAGCAAAACCAUGGCGGCCUGGGAUUGUAAGAAACAAGUUAUACCAUUCAUAGCCAUGGCUGCAAUGGAAUUCAUUAAUGUCAGCUUAAAUACCUUAUACAAAGCAGCUACUAGGAAAGGGUUGAGUUACUUUGUUUUUGUUACAUAUUCUUAUGCGUUUGGCUCUAUUACUCUGCUACCGCUUCUCUUCAUCUUUCCCAGGACAGGACUGCCUCCAUUCACAACAUCCAUUUUCUACAGAAUUGUUCUGCUUUCAGUAAUAGGGUUUGGAGGGAAUAUGUGUAUGUUCAAAGGUAUAGAAUACAGUUCUCCAACUCUUGCUACAGCCAUGAGCAACCUUUCCCCAGCCUUCACAUUUGUUUUGGCUGUCAUUUUCAGGAUGGAAACUCUGGACUUCAGAAGAUCAAGCACUGUAGCCAAAACCUUAGGCACUCUACUUUCAAUAUCAGGAGCUUUAAUAGCAGUUCUCUACAAGGGCCCCAAAAUGUUGUCUUCUGCAUCUCCAGAAUCACCUUUUUCACCUGAGUAUCCUCUGAGAACUUCACAACCCAAUUGGGCUCUGGGUGGUCUUUUACUUGUUGCCUUCUGCAUACUAGUCUCAAUCUGGUACAUACUUCAGACCCAGCUCAUUAAAGCAUACCCAGCUGAGCUAACAGUGGUGGUCUUAUACUCCCUAUUCACAGCAAUUAUUGGAGCAGUGGUAAGCUUCAUAGUAGGAACAGACAUAAAUGAUUGGACAUUAAAGACUGAUAAGGCAUUAGUUACCAUUAUACUCUACGGAUUCUUAGGUCCAAGCUUCAGUGCAGCCGUUCACACAUGGGGGCUCCUCUUGAAAGGGCCAGUCUAUGUCUCAAUCUUCAAGCCAUUUUCAAUUGCUGUUGCAGCUGCUAUGGGUGCUAUUUUCCUUGGUGAUGCUCUCUAUUUUGGGAGUGUGAUUGGAGCAACAGUAUUGUUACUCGGGUUGUGUGCUGUGGUAUGGGGAAAAGCAAAAGAAGAAAUGAGCAAGGAUUGUGUCUCUAAAGACUUGGAAACCUCAACCGAUAAGAAGAUCCCUUUGUUGAGGAGUUGAGACUUUAAUAUAUAAAUAGAUAUAUUUAUAUAUAUAACUAAAAAUGUGACCGCACUUUGCGCGUUGUUUUAUAAUUAUUGAAAAUUAUAUAUAUUUAAAUAAAUUUUUUAAUUUAUUGGGUUAAUUUUAUAAAAAAAUGAAUAAAUUUUCAUCAAGUUUGAA